GCUGCAGAGGGCGGGGGUGCGAGGGAAGGGCUACGCGAUUUAUUUUUAAGCGGGACGUUGUUAUCGACAGAAUGUCUCCCCUAGCAGCGGCUCACAUGUUGCAAACUGAAAGCUUUUAACUUGGCAGUGCCGUUUAAGCAAACAAACCGGGUCAGUCGAACGCAAUGAUUAACAGGAAGCCUGAGCUGACACAGUUAGCAGCAGCCUUUGGCGCUGCUGAGAAGAGGCUGGGGUUGAAGUCUGCAGCCGCGACUCGUCGCCGCCGCCGGGUAAGCUCCCACACUGCCCACUUCCCUGUGGGCACAGGUGGAAGCCUGGGACCCAGGACCUCCCAGGGGCGGGCUGUUCUUGCGUAGUUAACAGAUUGACCCGGGUGGGGGGUGGGGGGGCGGCGGCUAUAAAGCCGAUGGAAAAGAACUACUUGAGAAAUGUGUCAAAGAAAAGUGAAAACGCCGCCUCGGCCGAGCAGCAGCCGAUGAAGGGGGAAGGGAGGAGAGCCAACAGGACGGCAGCCUCCUCCACCUGAGAGGACAAAGCACAGCCCCGGGACGCCGGCACAGCCCGCCUGCAGCAAGAGGCUGAGCCUGGAGCCCAAGGGGGAAAAAAAUGUAAGUUGGAUCUGUGGCCAGUGAGAUCCCAGCGCCAUACGCGUCUGACUCACUUCCUGGCUUUGGAUGAUGGGCUCGUGGAAGCACUGUCUUUUCAGCAUAUCCCUGGUGUCUGCGCUAGUCUUCGUGUUUGUGUACGACAGUGAGCUGUGGGAGAAUAGACGUUUUCUGAGGGCAGCUCUGUCCAAUGCGUCAGUGUUAGCAGACGCCUGCCAGCAGAUUCUUUCCGGGAAGGUCCUAGGGGUAUCAGAAAAUGCGCUGAGAACGACCUUCCAGGCGUCCAGCUGCCGCGACUAUGUGGUACAAAGUCAUUAUAUAACAGAACCGCUGUCUGCCGAGGAGGCCAGCUUCCCGCUGGCCUACAUCAUGACCAUCCAUAAGGACUUCAGCACUUUCGAGAGAGUCUUCCGGGCCGUCUACAUGCCCCAGAACGUCUACUGCGUGCACGUGGACGAGAAGGCGACAGGUGCAUUUAAAGUCGCUGUUCACCAAUUACUGAGCUGCUUUCCCAACGCCUUCCUGGCUUCCAAGCUGGAGCCCGUGGUCUACGCAGGCAUCUCCAGGCUCCAGGCCGAUCUGAACUGCAUGAAGGACCUCGUGGCCUCCACGGUGCCCUGGAAAUACCUCAUCAACACGUGCGGGCAAGAUUUCCCCCUCAAGACCAACCGGGAAAUCAUUCAGUACCUGAAAGGCUUUAAAGGGAAGAAUAUCACCCCGGGGGUGCUGCCCCCAGCUCAUGCCGUCGGCCGGACUAAAUUCGUCCACCGGGAACUACUAAACAGCAGAAACUCCUAUGUGCAUAAAACAACCAAAUUAAAACCGCCUCCUCCUCACAAUGUGACCAUUUACUUCGGUACUGCCUAUGUGGCUCUCACGAGAGAAUUUGCCAACUUUGUCCUCCAAAGCCAGCUUGCCCGGGACUUACUCGCCUGGUCCAAGGACACGUACAGUCCCGAUGAACACUUCUGGGUGACGCUCAAUAGGAUUCCAGGUACGUAUGUUCCUUAACUUUGGUUUCUAUGGUGAACUAAAUGUUACAGCAGCUACUGCUAAGCUCCUUAAAAAGAAUUGUUCAAAUGAACGCGUCAAACUUAGAAAACCAGUAGGCUGCCUAGAAAAUAGUAAGAAUCUUUGACAGUUAAAUUUCUAGAUGGUUUCCAAGUUUAAUGAAAUGACCUUUAUAGCAGCUGUAGUCACAGGAGAGAUAUAAAAUUCAUGCUACAGCUGAGCCAAGCAAGGCGUACUGACUAGCAGGGCGCAUGUGGAAACCCAAGUGUGUCACCGGCUGGUGCUGACAGACUCAGCUGUCUUUUGUGUCGGAAUCGUGUGCUGUGAACUGCACACAGGGCGAUCGGUGGCUGCACGAGCGAGUGGUAGGCCUUCACUUCUCCAGGCACCACCUCUGAGUCAGGGAUAAAUAUUGUACGUGAAAUGUGAAUGACGACGCUUCGAACAUUUUAGUGAUAUUUUUGCCCCUGUUGGCAUUGCCGUCGUUUCAAAAUGUGAGAAGCACGCAACUUUAAAAUUGCUCAUUUGCAACAGCUUUCUCAGGAUGGAGUCUGCAAGUUGAAGCGCCUGUAGGCUGCUAGUUCAUUGUUCCGCUUCGUUGAUGGUCAAACUUGAGUGUGAUGUGCGAUGUGUGUUCAAGUCACCCUAUUAGGAGCCUGUCUCUUACACACCAGGUCUCCUUGGCCUGACUUUAUAAGUUGGUUUCCAAUUACAUCCCAGUGGCUCCUAAGUUAGCUCCACCCCUCCUUUGGUCCAAAUGUCAAAUGACUUGAAUAACCUCAACUCGUACGUGGUGAACUGACUCAGAUCUGCUGAAAUUAAAAAUUCAGAUUCAUAAUUCAAGGGGAAGCAGAAAUCCAUGUGAGAAUUCGACUCAUGGCUUCUUUAAACUGGUGGCUAAGUCCUGGUUGCCUGCCUCAACCACCUGGAACUUUCAAAAAGUUUCUAAGACCAAACCUGCUUCCCAGAGUCUCCCCUCUGGGCUGGACCUGGCCAGAGGCAUUUUUGAAUAGCUUCCAGAUGAUUCCAGGGUCAGCUAGGACUGCGAAAGCACAUACUUGCUUUUGAUGUUGGUGUACAAAGCCUCACAGACUUAAAAUGCUUCAAAAUGAGAAAGGGGGAUUUAUUUAUCUGGAAGGCAGAAUGCCACAGAGAGAAGGAGAAACAGAGCGGUCUUCCAUGGACUGGUUCCCUCCCCAAAUGCCUGCGACAGCGGGGACGAGGCUAGGCC